UGAACUUGCUGUCUGGAGGCACCCGUAUCAAUCCCACCCUUUGUGUCCUGUGGAAAUCAUGCUAAUUUGCACAGACAGCAAGAGUGCAGUGCCACGGGAGAAAGUUGCUUAUGUGUUCUGGUACGACCAUGUGAAAGGAUGGUGGGAGAAGAAGCAGGACCACCCCAUUCUCUACUUGUUCUAUGAGGCCAUGAAAGAGGACCUAAAGCGUGAAAUUCAGAAGGUGAUGCAGUUCCUGGGGAAGGACCUGAUGGAGGAGGUUCUGGAUAGGAUUCUGUAUCACAUGUCAUUUGAUAUGAUGAAGGAGAAUCCCACCACCAAUUAUAAGAUGGCUCCUGCUUUCCUGGUUGAACAAGGAUAUUCCCCUUUCAUGUGCAAAGGGAUUGCUGGUGACUGGAAGAAUCACAUUACUGUGGCCCAGAAUGAGAGGUUCAAUGCAGACUAUGAGGGGAAGAUGGCUGGGACCACCCUGUGGUUCCCAACAGAGGUCUGAUAUACCUGGAGUCUCUGUGUCAG